AUGCUGCGAAAGGCCGUACCGCUUCGCGUGAAGUACGGCUCGACGCCGAAGGAGAUCCGAUACGGGGUGGCGGCCCGCCAGGCGCUGCUCACCGGGGUGGAGAGCCUCGUCCGGGCGGUGGGGGUCACCUUAGGGCCGAAGGGCCGCAACGUCGUCCUGGAGGUCCCCUACGCCGCGCCGAAGAUCACCAAGGAUGGGGUGACCGUCGCAAAGCAGAUCGAAUUCGAGGAUAGUUUUGAAAACCUCGGGGCGAGCCUCGUGCGGCAGGUCGCCGGGCUCACGAACGAUCACGCCGGGGACGGCACGACGACCGCGACGGUGCUCUCCGGCGCGAUCUUCCGGGAGGGCUUCCGCAGCGUCUCGAGUGGGACGAAUCCGAUGGAUUUGAAACGCGGCAUCGACCUCGCCGCGCGGGAGGUGUUGCGUUCGCUCGCGGAGCAGGCGCGGCCGGUGACGUCGAAGUCGGAGAUCACCCAGGUCGCGAUGAUCUCCUCCAACAUGGACGCGGAGAUCGGGGCGUUGAUCGGGGAUGCGAUGCAGCAGGUCGGGAAGGAUGGCGUCAUCACGACGCAGGAGGGGCGGUCGUUGAAUACGGAGCUCGAGUUGGUGGAAGGGAUGUCGAUCGAACAGGGCUUCACCUCGCCGUAUUUUGUUACCAAUACCAAGGCACAGAAGUGUGAGUUGGAAGGCCCGCUCGUGUUUGUGGCGAAUCGAAAGCUCAGCAGCGUCGCGCAUCUCCUCCCCGCGCUGAACUACGCGAUUCAGCAGAAACGACCACUUCUCGUGCUCGCCGAGGAGGUCGAGGGGGAGGCGAUGCAUACGUUUUUGUAUAACAAACUCCAAGGGCGCAUCAAAGGGUGCGUGGUGAAGGCCCCCGGGUUUGGGGAUAUGCGGAUCAACCAACUUCAGGACAUCGCCGUGUUCACCGGCGCCCAGAUGGUUUCCGAGGACCUCGGCCUCUCGCUCGAUCAGAACGACUUCUCCGAGGGUUUGCUCGGCUCCUGUGGGAAGGCGACGAUCUCGCGGGAUGAGUGUAUUCUGCUGGAGGGCGGCGGCAGCGCGAUCGCGAUCGAGGAGCGGGUGCAGAUGAUUAAGGAUAUGAUCUCCGCCGAGGAUCACGAGUUUAACCGCGAGCGCCUCGUGGAGCGGCUGGCGAAGCUCUCCGGCGGGGUGGCGGUGAUCAAAGUCGGGGGCGCCUCCGAGGUGGAGAUUAAUGAGCGAAAAGAUCGCAUCGUCGACGCCCUCAACGCGACGCGUGCGGCCGUUUCGGAAGGAAUCCUCGCAGGCGGCGGCACCGCGUUGUUGAUGGCCUCGCUACGGCUCGAGGAGCUCGUGAAGGAUCGCCGGCUGCCGUCGGAUAUUCGAACGGGGGUGAAUAUCGUCAAACGCGCGAUCGGGCUGCCGGCGCGGUAUAUCGCGAACAACGCCGGGGUGGAAGGCAGCGUCGUGGCCGGGAAGAUCCUCGCCCGGCGGGAUCCGAGCUUCGGCUACAACGCACAGACAGGGGAGUACGUGAAUAUGUUCGAAACGGGCAUCAUCGAUCCGAUGAAAGUCGUAAAGUCGGCGGUGGUGAACGCGUGCUCGGUGGCGGGCAUGAUGAUCACCACGGAGGCUGCUGUGGUCGAGAAGGACCUACCCACGCUGCGCAAGCGCGUGGAGGAUGAAGGGAUGGAGAACACGCACAAAAAGCAGGAGUUCGAGAACUUGCGCAAGAGCGUCAAUGAGCGGAACGCGCCGAUGCCAAAAUUGGCUCCACCGAUGAAGUUUGACAUGAAGGGGCUGUAA